GAACUACGAGAGACGAUGAGCCAAGUGGGCGCGCUGUGCUGAUUUUUUUCUACAACAAAUCGGAGCAGAGAAGAACAGCUACCGGGAAUUGGACAGUCGCCAGCAUACUUUAUAUAGGGGUACAGGAAGCUUCAUCUCAGAGCUGCCGGAACAAGAUUUAACCCGCGUCUCCAGUGCACGAAUUUGUCAGGUCACGAGUCUGCUAAUUACUGACACCCUCCACUAGACUGCUUUCCAUUUCUCCGAGAAUUACGUUGGGUGUGGACAACAUCAAAUGGUCUCAGUAAGUCACCAGGCUCCACUCACUAUCGGUGCAGAAGUGCUGACGGCCACUGCCUCCUUCUUGGAGGCGUCCACCUAUGAGGAUUGUGUGCUGCCCUAUAAGGACAAUACUGGUGUGCCGGCCGUCAGCCCCUGUGGACAUGAUGGCAGCUGUGACUCUUCAUCUGCAUCUUCCUGUUCAAGCCCAUCUUCCCAAGACAUGGAGGACAUUGGUGGUAAUUCAUCUCGAGAGCCUGGUGAGCUUAAGGCUCUCUUUUCAUCCUCUGUGAACACAAGUGAGGAGAUUAAUGUAAGCCAGCAAUUUAAGAUGCCUGACUUUUGCUCUGAAAUCUCCAGUAGCUUCUCUCCCACCCUGGAGGAGAUUGAAGAGUUUUUGAAGGAAAAGAUGGAACUUGUCAAAGAGGGCCUUUCUGAUUCAAAUAAAUCUAUUAGCCUUGAAGUGAAUGGGCGUGCUACAAAGGUGGAAGGCUUGGGGACUACUGAGGCGCCUGUUUCUCCUACCUCGGCGAUUGCAUUAUCAACCAAGAGUGUGCCUAUUUUGUUACCUCUUCAGCCCUUGCUUUUGGCCACCUCGGGGGCACAGCAAACAUUACAAGGGAACCUUCGUGUGGGACUGGGACACUUGAUAAUUGCCAUCCAAGGUGUCACCGGUAGUCAGAAUCUUGUUGUGCUUCCUCACCAAGAUGUAGCAGCCUCUGCCACCCAGAGCACUGCCUCAACCAUCACCAGUGCUAUGGACCAAAAGUAUGUGAAGAUCGCACCUUUGCCCAUUGAAGUGAGAGGCGUGGGGUUUGGAGGCACACUUAAAGCAGUACCCUCUAGGUCUUCCAAGGUGUCAGCUGACAUGAUGAGGGUGCACAAGUGCACCCACCCAGGCUGUGAAAAAAUGUACACUAAGAGCAGUCACCUCAAGGCUCACUUUCGAAGGCACACAGGGGAGAAGCCCUACACCUGCAGUUGGCCAGAUUGUGGCUGGCGGUUUUCUCGCUCUGAUGAACUAUCACGCCACAGACGCUCCCAUUCCGGAGUUAAGCCCUACCAGUGCGUCAUGUGUGACAAAAAAUUUGCCCGCAGCGAUCAUUUGUCAAAACACACCAAGGUGCACCGAGGUCAGAGGAUGAGUCGCAUCAUAAGAGCUACCAGCUAGCAACACAGCCAGUCAGCUAUUUUCUUUUCAUGCCCCAGCCCUGGGCGGUGAGAUAAAUGGACAAACUAUUCUGGUAGUUUUGAAAAACGGCCUCUUCUCAUUAGCACUUCUUGUGUUAUUUUUGUUCUUGUUAUGGAAGAAACUUCUUUUUAGCCUUGUAUCUCUUUUGGGUUACAUGAUUUGUGCAUAUUGUAAUAAUCUAUAUUUGUAUUUGUUUAAUUGCAGAACCAGUGUUUGGCACUUCCCAAAUUCAUAAUUUGCUGCUAUGUCUUACAUGCGUUAAAAUGGCAAUCUUGAGAGAAAAAGUGAAAGUCACCAUCUUGGCACUUAAUGUAAAACUAAAGUAGAAUUUUUAACAUUAACAGAUAAUAUGUACUUUUACCUUCCUGCAAUUGUUCCCCUAGUUAUUGGAAUAAUUGAUUUUUUUUUUUUGAAGUUUUAUUAAUUUUAUUGCAAUCCAUACAAAUCAAUCAAUUUUUUACAA